AUGUUCACUACUUCAGACAGCAAGACUAAAAGACUAUGCUUACAGAGGAAGCCUAUCAACUUUGAGGAACAUUUCUCACAGUUGAUUGACAUGCUUAACGGCAUUUAUUCAUUUUCUCAGAAACAACCUGAAAUUAAGGGAAUGACGAUAAUCGUCUAUGACCUCUGUGUAGCUUCUCCAAGGUCUUUCUCUGACAAGGUGUUCUCUGGAAUAGCAGAAUAUAUUGAUGCACAUACAGUUAAUCAGUGCAGAUUCAUACUAUCUCACGAUGAUGUCGUUACAGCAUAUGCAAAUACAUUCGAACGAUUCGCUCUAGCUGCAGAAUAUAUGUCUAGAGGAUGCUGUUACCUGGAUCGUAUCCACAGCACUAGUCAACUCAAUCGAGGUGGAAAAUACAAAAAGCAAAACGUGGAGGCUGUUGCUUUAUUACUCUGGAAGAACAAUGUACUGUUUACGAUCAGAGACAAGUUUCAAAAUAAGCUGUUCUAUCAAGUAUUUGAAUGGAUUCGACAGGAUAGAAACGGGAUUGAGGCGCCUCAUAAUAUCAUCAAGUCAGUCGUUACAUCACUUGUGCAGGUAAACGCAUUUACAGAUCAACCACUACAACUCUAUAUCGAGGAAUUUGAGCGACCCUAUCUUGUUCACACAAAACGAUACUAUGCAGCUGAGGCUGCUAGAGAAAUCGCAACAGGAAGCAUCAGUCAUUUUAUGAAACAAGCUAAUCAUCGUCUUCAGCAAGAGAUUAUACGAAACAACCAGUACUGUCAUUCAACUUCCCAUGGAAGGAUUGUAAGAGAAUUUGAAGCACAGUACAUCAUGGCUUAUCAAGAUCGUAUUGUCGAUGAGUUUGAAGACAUGUUGAAAGAUGAAAGAUUUGAAGAUUGUACCUUGGCCUAUAAGCUCUUGAGCCGUAUACCGGAUGGUUUGAAGUCAGUGUUAGAGAUUUAUGAAAAUUACAUUACAAAGUUAGGCAAGGAAUUGCUCUCACAGUUAGGAUCAAGCACAGUAAAGAACCCUAAAUCUUAUGUCGAUCAGCUACUUGUAUUACAUAAAAAGUAUUAUCAAGUCAAUCAACAAGUGUUUGAAUCACAGCCUCUAUUUACAGCCGCAACAGAUAAAGCAUUCAGAGUGAUCGUGAAUGACUCAUCCUUUUCAAGUGGGCCAGAAACACUUGCACGUUAUUGUGAUAUGAUGUUAAAGAGAAAUACUGCGAAAAAGGAGAUGGGUGUAGCUGGUCAGCGAAAGAGAUUGAAGAAAGAUGUUGAGGAUGAUCAAGAGGAUCAAGAGGAGCGCGUCAUGAAGAUGAUUACUCUAUUUAAAUACGUGGAUGAUAAAGAUGUAUUUCAAAAGUUUUACUCUAGAAUGUUGGCUAAGCGUUUAAUUUAUAAUGCUUCAUCAUCUGAAGAACUGGAAAUCAACAUGAUUAAUCGAUUGAAAGAGAUAUGUGGCGUGGAAUACACCAGUAAACUGAACAAGAUGUUUACAGAUAUAUCCCUAAGCAGUGAUUUGAACAGCAAGUUUAAGGCUUACUUAAAGGAAAAUAAGUUCCAGGCUCAAGGUACUGUGGAAGCACUUGUAUUGACAGCUGGUGCAUGGCCACUCAAUCAAAAGGAAGACACGACGACUGCUACAAAUAAGCUACUGAUUCCUUCAAGUCUUGAAAACAACAUUACAUGGUUUGAAAACUUUUACAACAGCCACUAUAGUGGCAGAAAGUUGCUCUGGCAAUGGAAUCUGACAAGAGGUGAAGUACGUGUGAAUCAUUGUGAUAAGAAUUAUGAACUUCAAGUGAGCCUGUAUCAGAUGGUCUUGCUUUUACUCUUUAAUGAACAUAAAUGUAUGACAUUGAAGGAUAUCAUGAACCGUUCUGGAUUGAACCUUGGAGAUACCAUGCGUAGUUUACGACCACUCAUCGAAAUACGGCUACUCGAUGCAGUGGAUGGAUUGGAUGAGGAUAGUGAAAUCAAAGUGAAUACCUCAUUUACAAACAAAAGAACGAAAAUAAAGCUUAGUACUACAGCUACGCAACAACAGAAUGAUAAUCAACAAGAAAGUCAAGCAGCCAGGAAAUCAGUAGAGGAAGAUCGAAGAAUGUAUAUACAAGCUGCUAUUGUCCGCAUCAUGAAGUCGAGACAAACACUGACACAUGUACAACUUAUACAAGAAAUCCUAGAUCAAUCCAGCUUUAGGUUUUCUCCUUCAGUCUCUUUGAUCAAAAAAUGCAUUGAACAACUUUUAGAGAAGCAAUUUAUUGCCAGGCAAGAUAGAGAUUGCUAUGUAUAUGUUGCGUAG